AUGGGUGCGGCGAAUUACGUGCCGGGCGGGGAGGUGGCGCUGCUGUUCAUGGCCGUGUCGCUGGCGCUCGGCGCGCUGUGCCGCCAGAUCUUCAACAACACGCGCGUGCCGUACACCGUCGCGCUGCUGCUCGUCGGCAUCGCGCUCGGCGCGUUUGAGUUCUACGUGGACCUGGGGCUGCUCGGCCUCAGCAUCCGCAAGUGGGCGGCGAUAGAGCCGAAUAUAAUCUUCUUCGUCUUCCUGCCCGCGCUGCUCUUCGAAAGCGCCUUCGCCUUCGAGAUGCACCAGAUCAAGCGGUGCAUGUUUCAGAUCUUCCUGCUGGCAGUGCCGGGUGUCGUCAUCACCACCGGCUUCCUCGGUGUCAUCUGCAAGUGCGUGCUGCCAUACGGGUGGUCGUGGAGCACGGCCAUGCUGCUGGGCAGCGUGCUCAGCACCACGGACCCCGUCGCCGUCGUGGCGCUGCUCAAGGAGCUCGGUGCUUCCAAGAAGCUGCGCACCAUCAUUGACGGCGAAGCGCUCAUGAACGACGGGGCGGCCAUCGCCAUAUUCCAGCUCUUCCUGCAGCUCGUGCUGGGCUACUCGUUCUCCCCGGGGGACAUCGUUGCCUUCAUGUGCCGCGUCUUCUUCGGCGGCAUAGCGCUGGGGAUGGCGUUCGGGGUGGUGAGUCUGCUGUGGCUGCGCACUGUGUUCAACGACUACAUCAUCGAGAUCACCAUCACCAUCUGCGGCUCCUACAUGGCCUUCUUCGUUGCGAACGCAGUGACCAACAUGUCUGGAGUCAUGUCCGAUAUGACGCUCGGCAUCAUGUUUGCUAUAUUCGCCAAGACGGCAUUCACAGGGGAGAAUGAGAAGAACAUGCACAGCUUCUGGGAGAUGCUAGCAUACAUCGCCAACACGCUCAUCUUUGUCCUCAGUGGAGUGGUGAUCGCCGAGAGUGUGCUGCACAACGCCAGCCACAUCCAAGGCAGCGACUGGGGCUACAUGCUGGCGCUGUUUGUGUUUGUGCAGCUGUCACGGGUGGUGGUGGUGGGAGUGCUGUACCCCGGGCUGGCCAGCAGCGGCUACGGGCUCACGUGGAAGGAGGCCAUCAUCCUCGUCUGGUCCGGCCUGCGCGGCGGCAUUGCUCUCACGCUUGCCCUUGUCGUCAGCCAUGAGAAGCAGCCGGACAAGAUCUCAGAGUCCACGUCAGCCAGGUUCAUGUUCAUAACGGGUGGCAUCGUGUUCCUGACGCUCAUAGUGAACGGCAGCACCACACAGUUCAUAUUCGCGGCGCUGCGCCUCAACCGCACGUCCAACGUCAAGAAGCAUGUCAUCCACUUCACACGCCGCGAGCUCUUUGACCACGCCGUGAAGACCUUUGAGGAGAUCGGCGACGACGAGGAACUGGGGCCCGCGGAGUGGAGCACAGUGAGCGAGUACCUCACGUGUUUGGACCAGAAGGUGCUGGAGCCGGGGGGGCGGGGGGCAGGAGCAGGGCACCACGCGCACACGCGCGGCAGCCGCACGCACACGGGGUCGUCGCUGCACGCGCACGGGGAGGCAGGGGGGGAGGUGGACGUGGAGAAGCAGGCGGAGGAGGCGGUGCGGCAGCAGCAGCUGGCGGACACGCGCCUGCGCUUCCUGAACGGCGUGCAGGCGGCGUACUGGAGCAUGCUGGAGGAGGGGCGCGUCAACCAAACAGCCGCCAUGCUGCUCAUGCAGGCCGUGGCCGAGGCCGUCGACCUCUCCACGGAGCGGCACCGGCUGUGCCUGUGGGCGGCCAUGCGCCCGCACGUGCGCAUGCCGCGCUUCUUCCGUGCGCUGCACCGCUCGCUGCGCCCCAUCCUGCCGCAGCGCGCCCUCAACUGGGUGACAGUGGACCGCCUGGAGCUCGCCGCCUCCAUGAGCGCCGCUUACAUCCGUGCCCUCCGGCAGACACGGCAGCAGCUGCGAGAGUUCCUCAAGGACAGCCCAAUACUGGAGGCGGUGAUAUUGGAGAGCGAGGAGGAGGAGACGGAGGCGAGGAAGUUCCUGGAGGACGUGCGGCUCAACGUGCCCGAGGUGCUGACAAUCAUCAAGACGAAGCAGGUGACGCAGGCAAUACUGGCGGAGCUGUACGGGCGGAUAUGA